AUACGAAGCUAUUCCGUCCUGCACUACUGUCGUAAAACAUGAUUCAUAUUACGACAAGUUAUCUCUUCUAGUCCUUUCCGACUGUUUGUGUUGCAUUUCUAGCAUCAGGUGUAGCGACGAUGAUGAUGACACGUUUUGUCAAUAAGUAACCAGAAGUUACAUCGUCAGAGAUGGACCCGGUUGUGCUGAGUUAUCAGGACAGCUUGCUGAGGCGAUCGGACGUUUCCCUGCUGGAAGGCCCUCGUUGGCUCAACGACCAGGUGAUCGGCUUUGCCUUCGAGUACUUCGCUGUGGAACGCUUUAAGAGCCUGGGUGACGCAGUGUGCUUCAUCAGCCCUGAGGUCACCCAGUUCAUUAAGUGUGCAUCAUGCCAGGAGGAGCUGUCUGUCUUCUUAGAGCCACUGAGGCUAGACUCUCGUCGCUGGAUCUUUCUUGCCGUUAACGACAACUCCAACCAGGCGGCCGGCGGCUCACACUGGAGCCUGCUGCUUUACCAACGUGACGCUGGUCAUUUCUCUCACUACGACUCACAGAGUGGAGGCAAUGUCACACACGCUCAGCGCAUCGCUGCCAAGCUCCAACCUUUCCUGGGCGCUGGGACUGAACUGGCCUUUGUGGAAGAGCCUUGUCCAUCGCAGCAGAAUAGUUACGACUGCGGCAUGUAUGUCAUCUGUAUCGCUGAGGCUCUGUGCGAAAGCGUUCGAGCCGGAGGCCACGCUCGGCUUCCGACAAACACCGUCACGCCCACGUACAUCACCAGGAAGCGGACAGAAUGGCACUCGCUGAUCCAAAGACUCACAAAGGACUAGAAGGACAUGCAUCCUCCUUACAUGUCGCUAAUAAAUAAAGUCAGUACUUACAGCAAUUCUAAUUCAGUUCAACAACAGUCAGUAGCUGGAGGUUUAAUCAGCAUGCGUUACAAAUUAACAGCAACACAAUUGCGCAUGUGCCACACUCAUUCUCUCACCAUUUUUCAGGGUUUACUGGAUGAUCGUUACGUUAAGAAUAACAAACCUUGGAGUCGUGCAGUUAGAGGAAAAUAAUGAUGGGAGGGUAGCGAUAAAUUCCUGCAUAUAGAGCCACAUCACAACACUCAGUCAUGGAUUAUUCUCAAAGAACAGCACAUUCUGAAGUGUUUAUUUUCUCUUUUCUUGUUACCACAGAAAUUUGCCAGUCACUGAAUUUGUUAUUGAUUAAAGAAUGAUUUUAAUAACCUGUUUAUAGACA